UAGCAGAAAAGCUCAGAACAAGAUAUGCCAUGCCUAAUAUGGCCAUAAUUGAGGCGCUUGAUGUAGUUCCGGGGCGGAGUCAGGCCCUGCACGAGGUUGUGAUUGGGCUCUUGGUGUUCAAUACCAUACGCCGCUUCUUCAGACAGUUUUGUAACAUGCCAUCGUGUCAGCUCAGCGCUUGAAGCGAUCAAAUGGAUUUACAAUGAGCCAAUUUCGUGUCCAGCUAAAUUGAAUAGGAUAUGCAUAUUGCCGACUUUGUGGCUGGAUCCAUUGGAGGAGCAUGUGGAGUUGCGGUGGGCUACCCAUUCGACACAGUAAAGGUCAGGAUACAAACGCAGCCCCAGUUCACUGGACUAUGGCAAUGUGCUACUACGACAUUUUACAAAGAAGGCUUGCAUGGGUUUUUCAAAGGUAUGGCCUUGCCCGUCACCACCAUCUCGAUGACGUCUUCGGUGGUGUUCGGCACAUACCGGAACUGCCUACAGUGUCUGUCCCAGGUGCGAUCAGGCGCCCCAGGGGGUCCCAACACCAAGCUGGAUGUGUUCCUCUCUGGCAUGACUGCAGGGGUGGCUCAGAUAUUUGUGAUGUCGCCAGGUGACAUUGUUAAGGUGCGCCUGCAGUGCCAGACGGAAUCCUCCAGAGGGCGCCCCAGCAUGUCCAUGCCAAAGUACAGAGGCCCCGUCCACUGUCUGCUGCAGAUCCUCAGGGAGGAGGGGGUCCUGGGACUCUACAGAGGGGCCCUGCCGCUCAUGCUGAGGGACGGGCCCUCCUACGCCACCUACUUCCUGACCUACAACACCCUCUGUGAAUGGAUGACCCCAGUCGGCAAGGAGGGGCCCGGCUUGAGCGGUGUGAUGCUGGCCGGUGGGCUGGCGGGCAUGGCCGGCUGGACCCUUGGCACUCCCAUGGACGUGAUCAAAGCCCGCCUGCAAAUGGACGGCGCCAGGGAGACGAGACGCUACCGGGGACUCGCGCACUGCGUCUCCGAGACGGUGCGUCUGGAGGGAGCGGGCGUCUUCUUCAGGAGCCUGGGCAUCAACUGUCUGCGUGCGUUCCCCGUCAACAUGGUGGUGUUUGUGACGUACGAGUCGCUGAUUGGCGUCCUGCGAGCCACGCCCACCAUUGUCAAGGCGGAGAGGGUAGUGUUCGAAUAGUGUUUGUUGUUCAUGAGGGUCAGCGCACAAAAUGGAGCAUUACACGCUAAUGUGUUACAGUACUUAUUCUUUUGAUCGUGCUGCUAGUUUGUGGAUAAUUGUGUAUAUAUUCGUCCGGGAGAAAAGGCAGGUGGAUAUAAAGGCUUUAACUCCCAUUGCUCAGGAACACGUAUUAUGAAUUGCCAUGCUUCAAAACACUUUAAUUGAGCAAGUUGAUGGUAAGAACCUCCCUCCUGUGUGGUUGUAUUGUUGUCGUACUUUCAAUGUAGCCUGACAUCACCAGACAAAUUCUCAAAUGCGUAUUCAAACCUCUCUGUUCAUUUUCGAUGUUAUCAAUUGGCCCAGACCAAAACACUCCUGGAUGCAAUUUGAUAGACCUACAGGCUACAACCAAUGAGGCUCAAGGAACGUGCAUCAGCGGCAGCCAUCUUGGUUGUUUACGAUGGUGGCAUAACCAACAUCGUGGUUAUUCCACGAUGGUGCUCCAAUAGGGCGGUCCUCUGUACAGUGUUCGUAUCAAACCCGGGCCAUAUCUUAUAACAGUUGUGGUUGGUCCGUCCCGGGCCAGGUCUGCUUGAGUUUGAACAAGUUGAAUAUGACAAGGCAGCUUCGUCUGGUUCACAGGCUAUAUUCAAUGUACAAUGCACUCAUUCAACAAAUAUUUUAAGAAAUGUAUUGGUCACAUCUUUGACGGAUAUGAAUGUAAUGGAUUUAAGCCUAUACAUAUAUAUGUGUGUGUGUGUGUGUGUGUGUGUGUGUGUGUGUGUGUGUGUGUGUGUGUGUGUGUGUGUGUGUGUGUGUGUGUGUGUGUGUGUGUGUGUGUGUGUGUGUGUGUAUCUAUAUAUAUUUAUAGAUUUUUUUUUUUAGUGUCCACAGCCCACAACAUAAGAGUAAACGUAGCAUGUAGCCCAGUUUUAUGGGUGAGUUGCUUUGAUUUUUGACUGUAUGGCAUAGCUGGAAUGUUACGAGAAUAUGUAUGUACUAUUUCAUGAAUGAGUUGAAGAUUGACAUUUAUUUAAAAUGGGCCUACCAUGAAUAUAUAUUGUGAAUAUUGACCUGUGUGUCAGUAAAUGGUUAUGGAGAAAGCCGUCAAACCGCCGUCUAAGGGCUUUCAAAACUAGCUGCUUUUCUGUGGCUGCCUAUUCAUAAAAAAUAAACUAGUUAUGCUCAUCUAGGGGCAAAGCUAUGAUAGUGUAUCCUUUGUCGCUCAAUUUGUCUGUGUCUGUGCACGUGCA